AUGCCUCUUGAGAAGUUCCAAGGCGUGGAGCUUCCCGCCUCGGCGGACUUCCACGUACAUCUCCGCGAUGGAGCUAUGAUGGAAUUGGUCACUGGGACCAUUCGGCAAGGCGGAGUAAAUACGGUGAUGCCGAAUCUUGUCCCGCCCGUAACAACUGUCCAACACGCUCUCGAUUACUGGGAUAAGCUCCAUAAGAUCGAGCCCAAUGUUACAUUCUUGAUGUCCUUGUACCUACAUCCCAGUAUAACACCGGAAACCAUCAUCGAAGCCAAGAGAGCAGGCAUAACUGGGGUGAAGUCAUACCCAGCAGGCGUAACGACUAACUCCUCCGUCGGCGUUGUCGAUUAUGCUUCUUUCUAUCCCGUCUUCGAAGAGAUGGAACGGCAAGACCUCAUCCUAAACCUCCACGGCGAGCUCCCCUCCGUCGACAUCUCCACCGCUGAACAAGACUUCCUUCCCACCCUCUUCUCCCUGCACCAUCGUUUCCCCCGCCUCCGCAUAAUCCUCGAACACUGCACCUCCGCCGCCGCCAUCGAGGCCGUCAAGUCCUGCGGUUCCACCGUCGCCGCCACAAUCACCGCCCACCACCUCUACCUCAUCAAAGACGACUGGGCCGGCAAAGACGAGCGGGCUGGCGACCCCUUUUGCUUCUGCAAGCCCGUGGCCAAGACGCCGGAGGAUCGGCUCGCGCUGCUGAGGACUGCGGCGUCAGGGAACCUGAAAUUCUUUUUGGGCACGGAUAGUGCGCCGCAUCCGGUGCAGAAGAAGCGGGAGGAGCCGCCGGCUGCCGGGGUGUUUACGCAGCCGUAUGCUACGCAGCUUGUGCUGGAUGCUUUUGAGCAGGGUUGUGUGGAGGGGGUCCUCAAGGAAGAGAGUGUUACGAGGGAGGUGCUUGAGGGGUUCUUGGGUGGGUUUGGCAGGGCGUUUUAUCGCGUUGAGGAUGAGAGGAAGGAGAAGAUCACGAUUGGGAAGCGGGAUGAGAGGAUCAUGCAGGUCUUGAAGGAUGCUGAGGGUGCGACUGAGGUCGUGCCGUUUAGGAGAGGCCAGAGGACCUGGAGCGUGGCCUGGAAGUAG